CACACCUCCGGUCGCUUCACAGAGGCACUGACAGCGGUGUGACGUCACUCCGGAGCCUAGACCCGGCUCGCUGUCACCGCGGAACAGAGAAGAACCUAUGGGGAGGAUCAAAGACGAGAACCAGAGGAUCAAAGACGAGAACCAGAGGAUCAAAGACGAGCGCCGGAGAACGACAGAGGAGAACCGUAGAACAAUCAUAGAACAAUAACAGAACAAUAACAGAACAAUAACGGACAAUCAUACAACCACCCAACCACCGAGGAGACCCACAGAGGCAUGUGAUGACAAGGAGUCAGAUCUCUCCGUGUUCACGUCCACCUUCCUCGUAGCCCGUUAAUUCACCUCACGGGACCUCGGGAGCGUCGUAGCGGCUCAGCAGCGGCUCCUCUCCGGCCUCCAGCGCUCCAACACACCGGUGCUAAGUGGCUAACUAGCCUGUGAGUAAAGUGAAACCAUUGAGGACAGAGAGCCUCCCGCAUGGCGUUAAUCCUGCUCACCAGGUCCCGGGCACCUUUGAUGAAAACGUCCCGGUCUUUAAAGAACGAGUUCCGGAAAGGGGCACUUCAAGAUGGUGCCUGUUUCAGCUGCACAGCCCUCAGACUCUCCAGUCCGAUACUUGAUGGGCGACUCGGCAGUUUGACCCAGGUCUCUUCAUUCGGUCCUUUCCUCCCUGGGUCAGAUGGAAGUGUGGGCCCCUGCCAGAGCUUGGACUCACUGCGGCACUACUGCGCUCUUGUGCCGGGGGCCUCCCCCUCAAUACACCCUGCGAUCACAACAGGGGCCCAGUGGUCGAUAGUGCGGCAGCAGGACAUCUCCGGAGUCAGGUGGAUACACACUUCAAGGAGGAGAUGGGACGAUUCGAAGGUGGAGAAGUCACUGCGUUCGAUAAAGGACAAGAAGAAGCUGGAGGAGGGAGGGCCGGUGUACAGUCCCACGCUGGAUGCAGAACGUGUGAGAAGGACGGUCCGACAGUGGGUCGUGGAUGAAGUCAAGCACUACUACCACGGCUUCAGGCUGCUGUGGAUCGACACCACCAUUGCUGGGCGAUUGCUGUGGAUGGUGUUGAACGGAAACGUCCUGUCCCGACGUGAGAGGAGACAGUUUCUCAGAACGUGUGCCGACGUCUUCAGACUUCUUCCCUUCCUGGUCUUCAUCAUCGUCCCCUUCAUGGAGUUCCUGCUCCCCGUGGCUCUGAAACUCUUCCCCAACAUGUUGCCGUCCACCUUUGAGACACAGUCAAAGAAGGAGGAGAGGUUGAAAAAGGAGCUGAGGGUCAAACUGGAGAUGGCCAAGUUCUUGCAGGACACCAUCGAGGAGAUCGCCCUGAGGAACAAGGCGGCCCAGGGCAACGUGACGGAGGAGUUCUCCACCUUCUUCCAGAAGAUCCGUGACUCCGGUGAACGUCCCAGUAAUGAGCAGAUCAUAAAGUUCUCCAAGCUGUUUGAGGAUGAGCUGACUCUGGACAACCUGACCCGGCCUCAGCUGGUGGCUCUCUGCCGCCUCCUGGAGCUCCAGUCCAUCGGGACCAACAACUUCCUCCGCUUCCAGCUCAUCAUGAAGCUGAGGGCCAUCCGUGCAGACGACAAGCUCAUAGCUGAUGAAGGAGUGGAGAGUCUGAACGUGAACGAGGUGCAGGCGGCCUGUCGCGUCCGAGGGAUGAGAUCUCUCGGAGUCACAGAAGAUCGACUGAGAGAGCAACUCAUCCAGUGGUUGGACCUGCAUCUGAACCAGCAGAUCCCCACCUCUCUGCUGCUGCUGUCUCGAGCCAUGUUCCUGCCCGACACGCUGUCUCCUGCCGACCAGCUGAAGACCACGCUGCAGACGCUGCCCGACAUUGUGACGAAGGAGGCCCAGUUGAAGGUGGCAGAGAUGGAGCUCUCCAAAGUCGACAAUAAGACCAAAGUGGAGACGAUGCUGCAGGAGGAGGCGGUCAUACGCCAGGACAACAAGGACCGUCAGAUGGAGAGGUUGGCUGACGCUGCAGAGAAGGUUGCCAGGGGGGAGCUGGAGAUGGAGGCAGAGCGGAGCAAGGCAGCGGCAGCAAUGUCCAAGGCUGACAUGGCCGCUCACUCAGAGAUCCUGAGGGACACAGCGCCUGUCAUAGAGGCAAUCAAGUUUGAACAGUGGCAGACUUUCCUGUGCUUCCAGGACGAGGAGAUCACCAAAGAGGAGAUUGACAUGUUGGGCGACGCCUGCUCAAAGCUGAAGGAGCAGAGGAGGCUGUUGACUCUGGAGAAAGAGGAGCUGGAGGAGCUGAAGGAUGACGUCCAAGAAUACAACGAGGAUCUGGAGGAAAUAAAGAUGGAGCUCUUUAAGAGCGGCCAGGAGAAGACGGUGGAGGAGUCCAAGGCGAGCCAGCGCCUGACGAAGAGAGUGAACCGAAUGAUCGGCCGCAUCGGCCACAUCAUCGUGGAGCUGGAGAAGGACAAGGUCAUCCUGGACGGACGGGUGGAGAGUGGAAGCACCCCACCUGUUGGUCUGUUCUACACCCUCAGGGAGAACCUCAUCAGCAUCGACGAGCUGAUCAACAUCAUGCGGCAGAUCCAGAACAUUCCGGAGCACAAGCUGCAGAGCAUCGCCGAGGCCCUGGACGACAACAAGGACGGGAAGAUCGACAUCGACGACGUCAUUAAAGUGGUGGAGCUGAUCGACAAGGAGGACAUCGACAUCUCCACCUCUCAGGUGACCGACAUCAUGGUGAUGCUGCAGAAGGAGGACAAGCUGGUGGAGAAGGAAAAGGCCAAAGAGAAGGUGGAGAAGGAGCAGGCAGCCACGCUCAACAACUAAUUUCAGUUUCCACAAAAGAGAGACUUGUGAAAAAUGAUGUUGAGACGAUUGGGGGUGAUCCCCGGUCAAACCCUGGACACCAGGUGGAUCUGGACCAGUCGAGAGAAAGAGUCACAAGGUAACAGCUGACUUCUAAAAAGGUCUUUUCACCAUAAAUUGAGCUCCUGCUAAAAUGUCUAAAAAUGUAAAAAGAAGGCGUUUUAAAUUUAUGAACCGAGGGAACAGAAUGACAUGACACCACAGUUGUUCUCCAAACAUUAAAGGAAGGAAAUGAUCAAAAGUCAUGUGUGUAUAUAUAUAUAUAUAUAUAUAUAUAUUCUAAGAUAAAGAUAUUAGCUGAUACUUCGAUAUUGGAAUAUUUUACCCCCUAAAACCGGCCCCAGACACACUGCAUUAGUCGGGCUUUAAUAUAUGAACUAAACUUUGUGGUGGACCGUCUUGCCUUUCAUUUCACUCAUGUCAUCAGCACAGAGAAAUGAGAUGAGCUCAUUUCUAAAGUUUGCACAGUAAAAAUCAUUGUCGUCAUUCCACUCAGUUUAUUCCCUUAUUGAUUUUUGUUCAUCCAUCAUAAUCCCGUGUUGUAACCUGUUGUUUUCUCUGAAUUGUACAUGGACAGGCAGAUUGUUGCUGGAUAUACGAUGUUUAAAUGGUGGCUGCAACCAAAGACCUCUUUAGAUACGACAUCCAAAUAUAUUAAAGUUCAUUCACAAACAUCAAAUUAUAGGUGUAAGCUAAAGCAAUUAAAGUAAAAAAUGCUAAUUAUCCAUUUUAAGAAUAAGUAGCUGGAGGUUUCAUCAUUCCCUCCAAAAUAAAGUGUUGAAGUUUUGUCUACAAUAAGCCAAGGACUGAAGUUAGAAACAACCACAUCAAUGAUAAAAAAUGACUGUACUGUAAUUUCUUUUGAAUUUGUACUUAUGACGUGAUGAUAUUUUGUCUGAGCUCUUCGUGUUUAGUCCUGUGUUCCACGUUAAGCUCUUUAAAAUGCCAAAGUUGGACUGUGGCACAUAAAAUAAUCAGAUUUGGAUUAUUCCUAAAAAAAUCCACAAAACAAGCUGAGACUGUUUUUGUGAUGGGAUGGAAACAUCGGUACUCGUGGGUCAGACCACUCACUCACACACGCAUCUCAUCACGCACACUCUCAACUACACAACUGGAAGGUUUGGUGACUGCAUCUUGCACAGUUGUGAUGCUUUCGCGGUAAAAGAGAGACACACAAACACCUGCUGAAGUAACCGCAGCUCGUUGUCUCCAGGACCUUAUUGACUGAUAUUAAAUCGCGGUGAGGAUCACAGUCAGGGUCACGAACACAACAAACCAAAUAUCGGGGAUUUGAUGCCGCGGCCCGUAGAGUUCCAUGUUUUUCUAGUUCCAGAGACUAGUUGUGAGUUGUUUGGCGUCCGUCUGCUCGGAGCGUGACUGUUGUUAAAUCCGAGUGUUACGACCACCGUCAUUCGUCAAAGUGACCUUCUCUUGACACAGAUAUUAAGGAUUAUAUUCUGCUGUAUGUGUAUUUUUUUUUUUAGCUUUGAUUCUCUUUAAACUUGAUGUAAUAUUAGUAUUUUGGGUUGAAGACGACUGGAUGAAUUGAUUCCUAGGCACACGACGAGUCCGCUCUUGUGUUGUAUUUUUUGCACCGUUGCCAUGAACGUGUGUCGAGUGGAGACACGUUUUCCUCCGGAGGAAGAUUUCAGAUCAUAUUUGAUUCGGCUGCUCUGCGUUAAAUUCAUUUCCUCAUCGGUGUUCACACUGCAAACAGCUCGACUGUUGCAUCACUUACAGCAAACUUCAACUAACGAGUGUUUUCAGAUGUACUUUCAACUGAUCAUCCUUUUGAGUAUAUUUACAGUUGUAAUGGUACGAGAAACUUUGAUCAUUUUUCAUGUGCACAGCAGAAGUUUGGUUUAUAAAGGUGAAAUAGUUGUGAAGGAGAUGCUGUUUGUCUUGUCGGCUGCAGUGUGAGGGUCGGUUCACCUUUUAUCUGCUGAGGUGAAUUGGCUGUUCCCGAGUUUUAUGGUCCUGGCCGACGCUCUGUUAUUCCUCCACACUAACUAGAGCUCAGGUGUAAACAUGGACGACAGAGUGGUACGAGAGAUAACGCCCAGCGGACGACCCGCCGCUUAAUCUGUUCCCGGAAUCCGCCGUCGUGCGCGUUGGUGAUGAAGAGCUUGUUCGUCUUCCAUCAGACACUGUCCCGGUUCAGACCGGGCGAGGGCUCUGCUCCGCCUGCGACCAGUCAGACUGAUGGGCGCAGGGUAAACACUCGCCCCAUACAUGGGCCACAGCCAGCUCCACUGGAGGGUUGUGUUUGGAUUGGAGACGCUGCGGCGGGACAUGCCAUGUUCUCUGCUGCAUAAAUCAGCCGCCAGUGUAAACACGUCGGGGGAACGUUGUGACAACUUCUCGAUUACACUCGGCAGAGGACAGGGGUAUUCGUGUCCGUCUGACAGGUCGCGCUCGGGGGAAGCUUCGUGCACACGAGCAGCACUGCCACUGUUUGUCGGCAUGGGGGGGGGUAACGUAACAGGGUAACUAAGGCUGAUGGAGAUCAGUGCUCAGGGCUGUCGGAGAAGAAGGGUUUGAAAUGAACUGACUGCAUCAUCGUUCUUUAAGCUGCUUUGUCGGACAAUCAAAUACAUGCGUUAAAAAAAUAUACGCAUUCAAAUAAUCUUGUGUAAUUUAACGUGUGUGGCGACAGAUACAGUUAUUGUUUCCGUGACAGUUUUCCAGUCAAAGAGUAAAAUCUUCCUCAUACGACUACAAACGAGUUCAUGAGUUAAGAUGUUUAAAUAUUCUUCAAACCCCUUUAGUCACCUGAUCCUGAUUCCUUCAGAGGAAAGUUAGUCGGCACCGAUUGAGUAAUUGUUUUAAAGUUAGUUGAAAUAUAUAUUUUUAACUCUAGAAAGCCAGAACUCCACAUUAAUUAUUUUUAUAUUUUCUCAAAAUGUAAAUAUACAGUUAUAGAUUAUUUCAGCUGCACAGUUGGUGAUUUUUAGUCCUUUUUCCCCCCAGAUUCUACCAGGAUAUGAUUAUUAAAUAUGAGUAACUCCAAAUGCAUUCAGGAAAUCAUCGAGGGAAAGAUCUCAUUUUGAAAUAAAUAUGCAACAAGCCAGUAACUGAUUAGAGACACAAAGAAAAGUUUGCUUAAACUUCUCAGAAAUGUCUCGACCUGAUUGUGCUGCAGCGAGGGAGUCGAGUUCACGGCUCACCACUGGGAGCAGUGUUGCACUGUGUCGUUAGAGCUGCUGCUGCCUUUAAAAAGAAGAAGAGGAUGGAGCUGGCAGAAGAAGCAUUUGGACAGUGAGAUUAAAUCAUGUUUCAUCCAUGUUCUAGUCCAGCAGGAGGAAAAGCGUUGAUCCGAGCUCACUGUCCGUAUUUUGCCACUUGGUAGAUGCACUAUUUGAUUUAUUUUUGAUACCGUGGGUGUGUGUGUGUGUGUGUUGAAGGUGAUGGACUCGGUCCGUGUUGUGAUCGACGACAACAAACCGUCCUGAAAGAUUCCUGUCGAGUUGUGGAGCUUGUGGAGCUUGUGCACUAGAAGAACAGAUAUUUAAAGCAAUAAGUUGUGUAUGCAUCGUUUCUGAGUUUCCUUUCUGUCUUUUUGAGUCAGGAGAGGAAUUGAAUUUGUCAAAAUAUAUAUUGUAAUACAUGUGAUUUAGAAAACGAAAAAGCCUGCUGUGGGUCGUGGAAGUGGAAAACCAAGCACAGAGGGUUUCUUGUUCUGCUUCUCGUCUUGAUAUCGGGUCGAUAUUCUGCUGAUUUGGGAGCUGACGGGCUUGUAGUUGAUUGUAUGGACUUUUAUUUCUUCGAGGACAGAUGAAUCCCACUUUUUCCCUUUUUUAAAUACUUUGCACUCGUCCUUUUUAUCCCAAGAGAAAUGCUUUAGUUUUGUAGAAUAUCUGAAAAAGAGGAGGAGUGUCGUUGCAGUUAAGGAUCAGUGACGUUAAAGAAGAACCACAGAGUUUCUCUCAGGCUCGAAAUAAGUUCCCUCGAAACUGAAAAUGUAAUCGUUGUAGAAAACCUACGAACGAAGACAUGAGACAUUUAGCUGAAUCUUAAAUAAAAGUGCAGCCACCAUCAUUUCACAGAAAAGCUGUUGUAACGGCGUGUUCAGACCAGAGACUGUAAAUGAAGAUGGACGACCCGUCUCCACUCCCGUUCCACGAUCGAGAACUGAAGCCACGAUAUCCCGGAUUCGAACUCGAGCUUCUUUUGCGAACACUUGAACAAACAUCAGUGUGAUCGUCCAUCUUUACUCACGGUCUAUGAUUCAGACAGAAAGCUAUAGGUGUUCGCUAUAUCAACCACACGUGCGAGUUUCCAUGGACUGUGUUCAACGUGUGGGAGUUUCUGUCUGAAUCAGUGUCUGAGGAAUUCUGAGCGUAGAAAUGUUGUAAAAGUUUGUUUGUGUGAUAUUAAACUCAAAUUUAUCAAAUAACAAAUCGGUUUCCUAAAUCAGGAGAAGUCUCUCGCAGUUUAAAAGGUGAAGCGACUUGUUGCAGUUUAAUCUCUUCAUUGUUCAAAAAUUGUUCAAAAAAUUUAAAAUAUUAGUCAUUGACUUAAUAUUAGAUUUAUUCUAUUGGGAGUUUUUGUUUUGUUUUGAGAUAAUUGUCGUGUUAUUUAUUUAUUUAUUUUAAAUCCGAUCUUUCCAAAGUUUUGAGCAGCUGCACAGGAAACAACAGGAACUGGAUUUAAUCUCAGUUUGAACUUGAAUCUCAUCCUUUUUCUUUUGUGUUCAUGUAACGAAAAAACAUUGACAAAAAUUAAUCCUACGUGUUGAAUAAAAAAAAACGAUUGAUCCUGA